UUACAAUAUGUGUGCCACUGUACAUACAUUGUGCCAUGCUUGAAGGUUAUAGGUUUAUUCAUCAUGUAUACAAAGGUAAAAGUCAAGUUAAACUUCAAUGUAUUCUAUUUGGUUGUGUAAAUGUAGCAUACAAUGGAAGUACAAUGUUGUUCCAGGACCAGCAGAGAUGUUGAUCAGGAGCAUGUCCUACUUCGUGAAAUCACACUUACCAGGGAUGAAAUAAAUAAAUGAAGAAAGAAAACCCAAUAACUGUAUCUUUAAAUGUCCCAAACAGGCCCUUAGUGUAUCCUAAAGGACUAUGAGUAAUAACCAUAAACGAGAGCAAUUUUCUUCAGAGAGUACAGUACAGUGAGAAUGUUGGCUGUGAGGGGCGGGAACAGAAGAAGUCGUCUUCAUAAAAGUGCACUGACCAGAAAACUGCUGUGUUCUGCCCGACAACACAGAGGAGAACUCAUCUAAACCAAAGUGUUUUUAGAUAAACUUCCAUAAACAGGAGAGAUGAAGGACAUAGAACUGAAGGAAGUGGAUCAGACAAAACAAUUAAUGACCCGAGAAAAUGGCUGCGUGAAGGUCACCGUCCCAGAGAACACUGCAGUGAAGUACACAGGCCUCUCCAAAGACGAGCUAGUUAAAGUCGCUGGUACUCCAGGGUGGAUUCGGAUUCGUUGGGCUUUGAUGGCUCUUUUUUUUCUUGGUUGGGUUGGCAUGUUAGCUGGAGCAAUAGUAAUCAUAGUACAGGCUCCACGCUGUAAACCCAUUCCUGAGAUGCACUGGUGGAAUGAAGGUCCCCUGUACCAGAUAUCUGAUGUCAAUGCCUUCACUGAGAGUGGACUGAAAGGACUGGAGGGAAAGCUGGAUUAUCUGAGCCAGAUGAAUGUGGCAGGUGUAGUUCUGGGUCCGAUACACACCUUGAAUGCAGACCAGCUAGAUACACUAAACCUGAUUUCAGUUCAGUCUGAAGUUGGCACUGAGAAUGAGCUGGAAUCUCUGCUGGGCCUGGCUCAUAAAAAAGGUAUCUCCAUAGUGCUGAAUUUAACACCCAACUACAAUGAAACCUCAGCCUGGUUCAACAAUUUCAACGCUGUUGCUCAGAAAAUCAGAGAUGCGUGUACAUAUUGGUUGGAUAAAGGACUCGACGGCAUUUUCUUGUCUGACCUGAAUGAAAUCCCAACAGACGCCUGGCCAUCUAUAAAGGAAAUAUUCAACCGAAGCGAAGCGACUAAAGACGUAGCUCUGAUGGGUUCAGUCAACAGUAUGUCUGUCAAUGAUAUUUCUGUCCUGCUGAACCGCUCUGGUGUUGACCUGCUCCUGACUGGACAGCCUGAUCUGUAUAAGUCCGGUGAGAAACAGGCCCAGAUGAUCAAGGAGCUCAACUCCAGUGUCCAGCAGACGAGUCUAGGAUGGCGUUCAAGACAGGAACUGGGGUCUCUAGCUUCAGAAUUUCCCAUCAGACUCUAUCAAAUUCUGCUGUUCACCCUGCCAGGAACUCCUGUGUUCAGCGCUGGAGAAGAGCUGGGGCUGAAGGCUGAGGAACAACUUCAAGCACUGUGGGACUUGGAAAACCCAGUAGAAGAAAAAAAUGCUAAAGCAAAGGCUCUGCAAGAGGAGAGACUCGCAGUGCGAAACUUCUUCAAAACCCUCAGUGACCUAAGAGGAAAGGAGCGCUCGCUUCUGCAUGGAGAAUAUGUUAGCCUCAGUAAUUCCAAGUCAGCAUUAGCCUUUCUCCGGGUCUGGGAUCAGAGCAAACGCUUCAUCACUGCCCUAAACUGGGGAGAUAAGCCUGUGACUAUGAAGCUGACCUACAGAGACCUGCCGGCUGAAGCUCAGGUUCUGCUCUCCACAGACACCAGCAAUUUAGCCCUUGAGAGCAUGGUGUCUUUAGAGAAGGUACAGCUCGAGCCCAAACAGGCUGUUCUCUUGACUUAUCCUUAUGCUGGUUAGACACACACACACUGUGUACAUGCUCAUAUUUCUUAAAGUCUUAAAGAAAGAAGUGACCACUGUAAUGCCAUUUUGGUUGCUGAAGUUUAAUGAUUAAUGUCAACAUGUGUUUAAAUCAAAUUCAAAGUGAGUUGAAAUGAUUUUUUAAUGGAAAUCAUUUUCAUAACAUAAAAUGACAUUAAAUUUUGAAUAAAAGAAUAAUCUUUUAA